UCCCCUUCAUCAUCCACGUGAUGCACGGAGCAGCAGACUGCACCUUCGCCUCCUCCGUAGAGAGAGAGAGAGAGAGAGAGAGAGAUGCGUUUGGUUCCACUGGUCUGUUUGAUCGAGAAGAGACUGUGAUUGUUUCGGUAGGCCUAUCUAACAGGUAUUUACCGGGAACGGUUUGGCUGCACUCAGCAUCUCCCCUCACAACGCGGUGAUUGUUAUCAGAUGACAAGGAGAAAAUCGAUGAGUAGCCACAACACCGACCAGAAGAUGUGUGUAAGGUCACUGGAAAGAAAAGAGUGAUGGCGGGACAGUGAGGGACACACUCACAGUGCUCAACCCACAAGCCCCGCUGAUAGAGACAAAAAAAGAGGGGGAGAUGCUCUGAUAGUCUCUCUCUGUUUACGGUGUGUGACAGUGUAUGACCAUAUUCUCCCUCUCUCUCUCUGAGGGGAACAGGCACUAACGAAGACACCGAUAUGGUUCUCACACUGCACCCCUCAUUUCUCUAACACACACACACACACACCAUUGAAGGAAGACAGUGGAGGAGGAACGAGGAGAGACAGAGACGAGAAGAUAGAAGACUAACAUUGGGAACACUUGGACCUCUAUAAGGAGCCAGCUCCCUCACUUGACUGGCAGACAGAGGAACACCUAUGGAGGGUGUAGGGUGCUACUAACGGGGCUAAGAAGACUGUAGGGUACUAGAAAGGGCCCUAAGAAGACUUAAGGGUGCUCUCAAGGAUGUUUGCACCAUGAGUUGUAGAGUAGUUCGUGCUGCCCAGCUCUAGCCUUUGUGUCUGCGUGUGUGUGCGUUGUGUGUAUGUGUUUGCGCGUGUGUGUGAUGGCGGUGUGUGUGUGGGCCGCGGCCCCCCUGCUGUGUGUCUGGCUGUGCCUCUGUAGCCUUGGGGGAUCCAGAGGGGAGGUGCUAGAGUUUGGGGGGGUGUCGGGACAGUGGGGGCGGUUCCCGGUGUGGAACGCGUGCUGCGAGAGCAUCCUGUCGUUCAGCGUUAGAACUCACAGUGAGGACGGACUGCUGCUUUACCUUGACGACGAAGGAUUCUGCGACUUCCUGGAACUAUUGUUGCUACGCGGGAAACUCCGCCUACGCUUCUCCAUCUUCUGCGCCGAGCCGGCUGAGGUGAGUUCCGGAGUCGCCGUGAGUGACGGACACUGGCAUGUGGUUCGUGUGAAACGGGACUGGAGGAACACAAGCCUUGAGGUGGAUGGAAGGAUGGAGGGAUGGGCAGAGGUGAAGAGCAAACGGAGAGACAUGACAGUGUUUAGCCACACCUUUAUGGGCGGGGUUUCCCCAGAGCUCCACGCCUCCCCUCUCCGCCUCACUUCCCCUGGCGUCAGAGACCACGCCCCCUUUGCUGGCUGGCUCACUUCGGUGACCAUCAAUGGAUCGGCGGUUGUAAUGGAAGGAUCGGAGGGCGUUACCAUGGGGAGAGACGGGUGUGGGCCGGACCACGUGUGUCAGAAUGGAGGGGUGUGUUCUGUCGUCGAGCAGAAGAACGUUUGCGACUGUACUGACACCGGCUACAAAGGCAACGACUGCAGCGAAGAACACUACAACCCAGGUCUGGCUCACCUGAUGAUCGGCGACCAAGGAAAGCUCAGAGCCCGUGAGGACUACUUAGCAACAUUUAAGGGAUCAGAGUAUUUCUGCUAUGACCUGUCUCCCAGCCCCAUCCAGUCCUCCAGCGAUGAGAUCACCCUGAGCUUUAAGACACUGCAGAGGAACGGCCUGAUGCUCCACACAGGAAAGUCGGCUGACUACGUCAACCUGGCCUUAAAGAACGGAGCCGUGUCACUGGUCAUCAACCUGGGGUCCGGGGCUUUCGAGGCCCUGGUGGAGCCGGUUAACGGGAAGUUUAACGAUAACGCAUGGCACGAUGUCAAGGUCACGCGCAACCUGAGACAGCACUCAGGCAUUGGACACGCUAUGGUGACCAUCUCUGUGGACGGCAUUCUGACCACUACGGGCUACACCCAGGAAGACUACACCAUGUUGGGCUCAGACGAUUUCUUCUAUGUGGGAGGAAGUCCCAGUACUGCCGACCUCCCUGGAUCUCCUGUUAGCAACAACUUCAUGGGCUGCCUCAAAGAGGUGGUGUAUAAGAACAAUGAUGUACGGUUGGAGCUGUCUCGGCUGGCUAAGCAGGGAGAUGCUAAGAUGAAGGUGAGCGGUAUGGUGGCGUUUAAGUGUGAGAGUGUGGCGACCCUCGAUCCUGUGACCUUUGACACCCCAGAGUCAUUUGUGGCAUUAAGCAAGUGGAGCGCCAAGAAGGCGGGGUCAAUCUCCUUUGACUUCAGAACGACAGAGCCCAACGGACUGAUGCUCUUCAGCCACGGGAAACCACGACAGCAGCAGCGCAAAGACCCCCGCACACCCCCCACCCUAAAGGUGGAUUUCUUUGCCAUCGAGAUGCUGGAUGGUCACCUGUAUUUGCUGCUGGACAUGGGCUCAGGAACCACCAAGACCAAGGCCAUCGACAGGAAGGUCAAUGAUGGGGAGUGGUACCAUGUCGACUUCCAGAGGGACGGGCGCUCAGGUACUAUCUCAGUGAAUUCACAGCGUACAGCGUACACAGCUCCAGGGGACAGUGAGAUUCUAGACCUGGAUGAUACUCUGUACCUAGGAGGAUUACCAGAGGAUCGCCAAGGACUCAUCUUCCCUACUGAGGUGUGGACAGCGUUAUUGAACUACGGCUAUGUCGGCUGCGUGAGAGACCUGUUUGUGGACGGUCAGAGUAAGGACAUCCGUCGUCUGGCUGAGGUUCAGAGGGCUGUAGGGGUUAAGCCCUCUUGCUCCAGGGAGCCUCCUAAACAGUGUCUGUCCAACCCCUGCCAACACAGCGCCACCUGCAGGGAGGGCUGGAACAGAUACGUGUGUGACUGCUCUGGGACCGGAUACCUGGGACGGGCCUGUGAGAGAGAUGCGACCAUCCUGUCCUAUGAUGGUAGUAAGUUUAUGAAGGUCCAGUUGCCCGUAGCGAUGCACACCGAGGCGGAGGACGUGUCGCUACGGUUUCGCUCCCAGCGGGCCUACGGUGUUCUCAUGGCAACAACAUCACGGAACUCAGCCGACACGCUCCGACUGGAGCUGGAUGGGGGCCGUGUCCGUCUCACUGUCAACCUAGACUGUAUCAGGAUUAACUGUACCGCCAGUAAGGGUCCAGAGACCAUCUUUGCGGGGGUGGGGCUGAAUGAUAAUGAGUGGCACACGGUCAGAGUGGUGCGUCGUGGGAAAAGCCUCAAACUCACCGUCGACGACCUGCAACCUGUAGAAGGUCAGAUGGCAGGCGACCACACCCAGCUGGAGUUCCACAACGUGGAGACAGGCAUUGUGACGGAGAAGCGCUUCAUGCCCGCUGUGCCCUCCAACUUCAUAGGGCAUCUGCAGGGCCUCACCCUCAACGGGAUGCCUUACAUAGACCUCUGUAAGAAUGGUGACAUCGACUAUUGCGAACUGAACGCUGUGAUUGGUUAUAAGAGCAUCGUGGCGGACCCGGUGACGUUCAGGUCACGGUCGAGCUACGUGACCCUGCCCACGCUCCAGGCCUACUACUCCAUGCACCUGUUCCUCCAGUUCAAAACCACCUCCCCUGAUGGACUCGUACUCUACAACAGAGGAGACGGAAACGACUUUAUAGUGGUGGAGCUGGUCAAAGGCUACCUCCACUAUGUGUCCGACCUGGGGAAUGGGGCACACCUGAUCAAAGGGAACUCCAACUCUCCUCUGAAUGACAACCACUGGCACAAUGUGCUCAUAUCCAGAGACACCAACAACCUGCACACUGUUAAGAUAGAUACCAAGGUCACUACACAGACCACUAUGGGGGCCAAGAACCUGGAUCUCAAAGGUGACCUGUACGUAGGGGGGGUGGCUAAGGAGAUGUAUAGGGACCUUCCCAAGCUCGUCCACUCCCGGGAAGGCUUCCAGGGUUGCUUAGCAACCGUUGACCUUAACGGCCGACUACCCGACCUGCUGGCCGAUGCUCUAGCUACCACCGGACAAGUGGAGAGGGGCUGUGAAGGUACACACACACACACAGGUCCCAGUACUACCUGUCAGGAAGACUCUUGCUCCAAUCAGGGCGUGUGUUUGCAGCAGUGGGAGGGAUUUAGCUGUGAUUGCAGUAUGACAUCAUUCGGAGGACCGCUCUGCAAUGACGCCGGGACCACGUAUAUCUUUGGUCGUGAUGGGGGUGUGAUUGUGUACACCUGGCCUCCUAACGAGCGCCCCAGUACGCGGGCUGACCGGCUCGCGCUGGGCUUCAGCACACAGCAGAAACACGCUACCCUGCUACGGGUCGACAGCGCCUCGGGACUGGGGGACUACCUACAGCUACAGAUAGAUAAAGGAAAUAUUAGGGUAGUGUUUAACGUGGGGACAGAUGACAUCAACAUUGAAGAGACUGCUAAAUCCGUUAAUGAUGGGAAGUACCACAUAGUUCGGUUUACCCGCAGUGGAGGCAACGCAACCCUGCAGCUGGACGACCUGCCAAUCAUAGAGCGUUACCCCUCAGGCAACAUUGAUAACGAGCGCCUGGCCAUCGCUAGACAGAGAAUCCCCUAUCGACUCGGUCGAGUAGUUGACGAUUGGCUAUUCGACAAAGGCCGCCAGCUGACCAUCUUCAACAGCCAGACGACGGUGACGGUAGGAAGAGGAAAGGAAGCAGGUCAGUUCCAGGGUCAGAUGGCCGGUCUCUACUACAACGGACUGAAGAUACUCAACAUGGCCGCCGAGGGACACGCCCACAUCCGCCUGGAGGGCAGCACGCGAUUGGUUGGGGACAUGCCCUCCUCCAUCACGCCCCAAUCCAGCGCUGCCGCCGGGGCAAACCGAUCAGACCCCGCCGCCAAUGCCGGCGACAUCACCACGACAACCGCCACAAACAGGAAGCAAGGAGGAGGAACUACGCAGCAGUCGACAGACGACCUGCUGGUGGCAUCAGCUGAGUGUCCCAGUGAUGACGAGGACAUUGACCCAUGUGACCCCAGCUCUGCAGCCCACCCCCCUCUCCCGGAGGUCAAGCCGUUCCCAGGGACAUCAGAGGGAGUGAGGGAGUCCAGCAGCACCACCGGCAUGGUGGUGGGCAUCGUGGCAGCCGCCGCCCUCUGCAUCCUCAUCCUGCUCUACGCCAUGUACAAGUACCGCAACCGCGAUGAGGGCUCAUACCACGUGGACGAGAGCCGCAACUACAUCAGUAACUCUGCCACCCAGCCUAACGGCAGCACCAAGGACAAGCCGCUGGGCAUCGCCAAGAUCUCCAAGAACAAGAAGAACAAAGACAAGGAGUACUACGUGUGAGGAUUGGAGGGACACCCUUAUGACAUUCACAUAUACACAUAUACACAUCUACACUGAUACAGACAUAUGCACACAUACAGGAGGACAUGCCCUGAGACGCCCACAUACACACACACACACACACAUAAAAGAAACACACAGAGACAAAGAGACUGCCAUGAGGGCAGAGACCCAUCCUGUACAGUAAUAAUAACCACUAACCACAUCCUCUCUGUGUGAGGCCUGUGUUCAACCAGAAUAACCGUAAUGACAAGCAGAGUAAUCACCAGGUAGACUCCUGGUACAGGACCAGUAAAGAGCAGUUUUUUUUCAAGGACUAGCCCCUGUCUCUCCCUGCUAUAAACUGUCCUCUAGACUCAGAGAGAGGAGGGGGCAGGGGGCAGACUGGGAACGAACACCAAAAGAAAACACUAGUGUUCUGUCGUACGGAGUCAAAAUCAGUAUAUCCAGAUUAACACCCUGAUAAACUCCCAGUUUCAAUUUUGUGUAAGGCUGGUGUUGUCCAAUGGGGGAACACCAGAUUACCUGAACCCUGUCCCUAACCCUAGCCCACCAGUCAGCAGAAUGGACGUUACCACGCCAAUAAGACCGGAAGAGUCACACCCACCAGGGUUGCCAUGGUGGCUCUGUUUGCCCGACUCACUGGGGAGGGACGGAGUAGGGCGUGUACGUGGAAAAGGGAGCUGUGUGUGUUUGAAAUGUUGCCGGGACAUUUAUUUUCAAACGUUGAUACAACGUAAGUUACAACGUUGUAUCAACCCAUCCAGACUAUGAAAAUGAGAGACUUUGACUCUGGAGAGGAGACCAGAGACACCAGAACUACCUACCUACCUACCUACCUACACAACACACAACACACACUCACACCUACUACAACACCACAAGAGCUUCAUUACCAGAGCUUCAUCCCUGACCGGUGGCAACGAUAUCUGCGAUAAUGAUGAUAUUAUUAUGAUAAUGCUGAAGUCGAUGAUGAAGAAAAAGAAGAAUGAGGAUGAACAUGUGGGCAGUUUAGACUCUUUGGGGAAAUUGUUGCACGUUGAAUUAUCUUACUCCAUGUGUUUCUAACAGAGCAGAGACUACAAGGGUUACUCCUAAACCCAAUACAGCCAUAACCUACCACCUGGCUCACCGAAGCCUACCACAUGAUCCACCACCUGGGCUUAUAAUAACCUACCACCUGGCUCACCGAAGCCUACCACAUGAUCCACCACCUGGGCUUAUAAUAACCUACCACCUGGCUCACUGAAGCCUACCACAUGAUCCACCACCUGCGCUUAUAAUAACCUACCACCUGGCUCACCGAAGCCUACCACAUGAUCCACCACCUGGGCUUAUAAUAACCGACCACCUGGCUCACCGAAGCCUACCACAUGAUCCACCACCUGGGCUUAUAAUAACCGACCACCUGGUUCACCGAAGCCUACCACAUGAUCCACCACCUGGGCUUAUAAUAACCUACCACCUGGCUCACCGAAGCCUACCACAUGAUUGGGGCGGCAGCGUAGCCUAGUGGUUAGAGCGUUGGACUAGUAACCGGAAGGUUGCGGGUUCAAACCCCCGAGCUGGCAAGGUACAAAUCUGUCGUUCUGCCCCUGAACAGGCAGUUAACCCACUGUUCCCAGGCCGUCAUUGAAAAUAAGAAUGUGUUCUUAACUGACUUGCCUGGUUAAAUAAAGGUUAAAAAAAAAAUGAUCCACCACCCGAGGGCCAAUUAUUACAGGGUUUAAUAGUGACAGACCGACAACACAACAGGAUAAGCUAACUUCAGAACUAACAUCAUAUAGCAAUCAUCAAUAAGAAGACAGGACAAAUGCUGUACACACAACAACGUUCCAUCCCUUCCAACACACAGCAGAGUGUGACCAGGCUCCAGGGUCUCUGAGAGCCAGGUUGGUGUGUUUGUUUUGGGUUGUGGUUUAGUGAGUAACCCUGGUGUAAAGGCUGGGUAUGUCCUCCUGCCACAGGCCCAGCCCCGUUUUAAAGCCUGUCCUAUAGACAACUAUACGUGCUCUGAUGAACGUUUUAUAUUACAAAAAAAUGUCUGUAAAAUAAUCAAAAACAGAAUACUAAGUGUUAUCAUGUGUUUCUAUAAUGAUAGAGCUGUUCAUGAUGCCAUUGGCUAAUAGAAUUUGAGUUGCUUUACUUUCAUUGGCCCUCCCUCUCCGAGCAUCCUGUGUGUUCACAUUGGUUGAUUGUCCCUCUCGUUGUCCAUGUGAUCAAUUCCAGCCAGCCAGGAGUAGGGGGGGUGGGGGCGGGCUCUGUGGAGAAGGUUAAAGGUGUGACUAUGAUGUCAUUCAGUGCAUGUAAGACUGUGUAGGUCUCAAAUGGCAGAUGUUUAAAGUAGUGCACUAUUAGUGCUAACCCUAAAACUACAUGGCUCUGAUCAAAAGUAGUGCACAGGAAAUAGGGUGCCAUUUGAGACACAAACCUACUGUAAGAACAGAGUAGAUAGAAAUUCACUGUCCAGAACAGGCAGUAGUCUCCAUUGUGACUAAUCUGGACAUUGUAUUUCUAGCUUUUGUCGGCAAGCACGCUCCCCCGGGUCAUCCAAGCAAUAUUGCCAACCAAUCACAUGCAUGGGAAUCAGACUGGGGGCGGGACAUAAAGCAUUAAAGACAUAGUAGUAAUAAAACCUAAAAAUUUGACAGAAAAAUGUAACUAAUUGAUUCCUUCUCUUUAUCUAUCCCUUUAUCCCUAUUUCUCUCUGUUCUUCUCUCCCUCUCGUCGACGCCUCUCUUCCUCUCUCUUUCUUUCUCCCUUUCUCCUCUCUGUUUCUAUCUGAAGUGAAGGAGGAGCAUUGAACUGUGGUGUUCUUCAUCUAAGUGUUCAUUUAGCCUUUUGAUUUUAUAUAUAUACAAUUUUUCUACAGUAUUUUACUUUUAUUUUUAUUGUUACAGUUCUUUGAAGAACAUAAAGUGGAACUUUAUUAUGAAAAAUAGUUUUGAAGAUCAAACGAGUCAAUAAAAUAUUACCCAAGUGAAGUUACCUUAA